AUGGCUUCAAAAAUGAAAUGUGAGAUUUUUUCCUUUUUUUAUUUUGAAAAAAAAAUCUUUGAAUUUCAGGUCGAAAAAAGACGGAAAAAUCCGAAUCUUCGUUGUCGAGCAAUUCGGAAACCGAUGAUUUUCAGCCGAAUUCUAAUGUGAGUUGAACAAAAAAACCAGGGCCUAGAAUCCCAAAACUCUUCCAGAUCGCCUCAAAAAUCAACGUCCGCCGCAUGCCAAAACGCACUCCAACCGCUCACGUCAAAGCAAACACCGAAGAGGCGAAGCGAAGGUCCUCCAAAGUUCAGCAGGAGCCUCAAAAGGAUCCCGAGCCUGAGCCCGAAAAGCCUGAAGAGCCUGAAGAGCCUGAAAAGAAAGCGGAGAAAAAUUAA